AUGAGCAGGGAGCAGAGGCCUACUCAACUGAGAACUAAGGACUCCUGGGUAGGAGCCAUUCUAGUCCUGCAAUUAAACUUCACUCUUGACUUUUUCCAGGACCUCAUUAGUCUCCCAGGACUUUCCGGGCUGACGUUUCCACCCCUCCUUCACUCUCUCUCUCUCUCUCUCCUCCCCCUCCUUCCAUCGUCCUCUAAUAACAAAGGAUCAGCUGCCAACAGCCGAAACAGAUCUCAGCUCUUGCCUAGUCAUCGCUGAGCUCUGUUAAUUAAAUUUUGCUUCUCGUUGUUAAUUAAAAUAU